AUGAGACAGGGAAAGAGGCGACAGGAUCUUGCUGUGGUGCCUGUGAAAUCUUGUGCCACUGCAAUCCCCUUCCAGCAUGGGGUUGCUGGAUCCGUUCUUUGUGUGCAAGUUGUUCAUGGCCAGGCAUCGGUUCUGAAGCUGCUAGAUUUAGCAUGGCUUGUACAUAGAAAACGCGAGUGCUGGCCCACCCGUGCCGCCAUGCCAUGCCGCAGCCGGGACCGAAGCCGGAGCCCUCGCAGGGCGGCACGAGCAGCCGGCGGCUGCUGCGCCUUCGAGGCGAGCAAGGAUGCCCACAGGUGGGCGGCCUAUGAGUGCCACCUUUCCAAGGGCACCUUCAUACACGAAGCGUGUCAGGUGCGCACGCGCGUGAUCGCGGGCCAUGCGCAGUGCCGCACCUUCGUACUGUGCGAGGAGGGGCACGUCCCCAAGAAGGUGCAAAAAGCCAAGAACAGAGAGGAGCAGGUUUUGGCAGCCUGCACAGUGCGCAUGAACCCAUAUCUGCACUAUCGCAAGAUGUGGGGCCAGAUCAUGCACAUUAGUGCGUGGGAGGAAAGGAAGGGAUACGGAAGCAAACUGGUUGCUGCUGUGGAGGAGCUGUUGCGCCAGGAGGGUGUGGAUAUUCUCGUCGCCUACCCUGCGCCGACUCGAGCUGCUCAAAGCUUCUGGGCGAAAAUGGGGUAUCAGCAGCAGGAGCGUAGCUUCCUCCCAGAUGAGGAGCUCCUCCCGCGUUACGAAGGUGGUCCGCUGUGGCCAGAGCAGAAUGCAAUCACUGAGGAGCCCCUGGAUCGGCUCGAAAAAAAGUUGUUGGUGGGUGGAACCCUGCCGGCACCCCGAGAAGGGGCAAUCCGCACAAGACCUGGCGGCGAAGAUCGCAAGUUCAGGGAAGUGGUCUGGAAUCCCCUCGACCUGCGAACAAGGAAGGCCCCAGAGGUUUUCAUGACUGCUCUGCAGCUACAAGCAUUGUUGCACCCAGUCUGUCGGCGGAUGCGCGGAAAACGGUGUCCAUUCUGA